AUGUCGAGGCCGGACAGUCAGCCGAGGCUCGGAGAAGGUUCUACGAUGCCUCCUCGAUAUUUGAUGCCAGUGCCUGAACCUCCUGUCGACUAUACCAUUCGCGUCAAGCCUUCGAGCAAAGGUCUUGGUCUUCUUCAAUGCGAAGUAAAGAAAUUUAGGGUCGCUGGGAAAAGAUGCUUGAAAAUUAAGUUAAGGAGGGUUAGGUCAAUUAAUACAGGAUUUAAAAAAAACUUUCAAAGCAUCGAAGAUUUUGCUUCAAGCUGAAGAAAAAGCGGGACUGGGAAAAUAUUUAGUGGCCACUAUAGGGUUUUGAGGUUUUAGUGGCCACUAUAGAGGUCUAAGUGCUAUACUAACCCACUAAAAAUUUUCACAGUUAAUCAGUCAUUUUUUUGUUAAUUUUCUGCGUUAAUCUGUGCUCUAUGGAUAACACAAUUUGAGCUCGGAUCCUUUUUUGAUUUUUUCAAAGUGAUUCCGCGAAAUCCAAACUCAGGAAAAAAGGUAACUACAUUUUGAAGAGUCAGAGACAAUUUUUCAUUUCGCGGAAAUUACUUUGAACACGGUGUUCGCUUUUUUUGUAAACCUCAUUCACUUGUGUUAUAACUUUAAAACCUUGUCAGCUUUUCGAAUUUCGAAAUUUUUUUGUGAAGGCAGUUGGGGUUUGUUUUCUAGAAUUAAAAAGUCGUUUAAACUUUUGAACAUUUUUUACGGGCUUUGAAUGAUACUUUAAAGUUCAUCACACCCAAAAUACUUUCUAAUUUUUUUUAUACAUCUAAUAGAGGCAUAAAAGUUCAUUUUUAUGCGAAUUUUCACGUGAUACGACCUUCCUCAACCCUUUUUUCACUAUACCUAACCUUUUCAGACUAUCGACACGUCGGCAAUAUCUACAGACGCGACCCGCCCCCCGAUUAUACAAACGAAAAACCGCAGCUGAGGUUUGGUUUCUCUUUUCCAGAACUUUCCCCGUCUUUGGCCAGUCUGUUUGCCUUUUUCUGAGAGAUUUUACCACUCGACUUUGUUUGAAUGAGCAAUAAAUUCCCGCAUUCUAGGUAUUCCACUCCAAUGUAAUGAAUUCAGUGUGACGUUCUUUUUUUUGUAGUAACCAACGUGUUCGACGAGACACGGUUGUGGAGAGUGAGGAAAUAUUGAACGAAUUGGACAACGUCUUGCAAAAUGCCGCGAUCCCGUUUCACGAAUUGAAGCAGAAAGUUGAAGUUAUUAUUUUUUUUUAUACUAUUAAUUCAAGGUUCAUUCGCAGAACGAGAUUUAAAUGAAGAAUUAGGUUAUGUACAAGAAAAAAGUUAUAGCUGAUUCACGGCUGGCUUGAACUAUCGAGAAAAGGGUCCUGCCACGAAAAGAGCAGAGACAGUGCCUGGUUGGUGGAGAGCGAAGACAAACCACGCCUCCUAGCGUCCCAAGUUAGCCGUGAAUCGGCUAUAGUUGAAUAAUUGGUCCUUUACGGCGUUUUUUUGAAGACGCCCCGCCUAUAUUUUUUUUUUCCGUAAAGUGUAGUGUGUAGUGUGCAAGCACUCCAGCGCUUUCGUACAUGCCAUGUUCAAAGAAAUUUCGGCGAAGUUCGAAAUAAUUCACGGCGUUCUUGUCAGUGAAAGAAAAUGCAGAAAAAAAAUGCCAUGGGCGGGCGCCGUUAAUCGUACGGCAGCAGUAGUUUUGAUCUGUUCAGGACCCGUUUUUGGAAUACAAGACCCACCCUUUAAAGCUCUCGCAAGAUUUACGGAAAGAGUUAAUUGAAAAAAAGCAUAUUUUUUGCUUUUUUCUUCAUUAAUACGUCUUUUAACGUUUUUUCUAUGAGUACAAGUUAUUAUCCAGUUCCUUUGGCUCGGGCAAAACUGAAAAGAUCCCCAAAAGCUUUUCUCAAAAAAAGACCUUGAAAGGGUCCCCAGCAGAUCUUUUUUACAUCAUUUAAAUUCUUUUUUGCAUCUUUUUCACAUCCUCUGACAAAAAGGAUGCUGGAAAGAAACCAAAAAGAUUCGAGUGGAUUCAAAAAGGAUCCUCCGAGGCUAUGAAAAAGGUGCUCAAAAGCUUUUUUACAUCAUUUUAGGAGCUUUUAAAGGAAGCUUUUUAUCUCCCUCUCAGGAUCCUUUAAGGAUCCUCAAAGGAACUUUCCCGUUUUACCUAUGGGCGUAGUUUGAAACCAGUUUCGUGUAAAUUAAAGCCAAACUGAAUUUGCUGAUGCAGUUUGAAUAUUUUGUGAUAUGAAUCACCUAAAUUAUAUUUUUUUUUUCUAGUUCUUUUAUGGUUUUUCGCAUUUAAACAAACAUUUCGCCAUACGAGGUUUUUUUUUCUCUGAAAUUUCUGCUUUCUAUCCAUUAUUUGUUUUUCUGAAGCUAGGUUUCCAGAGUAUAUAAAAUGUUUCUUUUUUCAUUUGCUCCUCGAAAUUUUCUCAUUUCAAUAUUUUUCGUAUUUACAAUUUCUUAUUCAAUGGGAGCUGAUUCACCUUCGUAAUAUUUUUUUUGUUUUUUUAUUUUGUAAUCAGUAAUUUAGAGUUUUCCCCUUCCGAAAUCGUUCCUAAAUUUUUUUAACGUAAGUGAAUGUUUUUUUCACAUCAUAUUCUUCAAACUGACAAGAUUUCGAACAUUUCAGAAGUUCUUAUCCGAAAAGUGCAAAUUCUAAAAAUUGAAAAAAACAAUUUUGAGUAUGCGAUGGUGCGUCUCGGUGUGCUUACACCCUAAGCAUCCUAAUUUACGAGAAGUCUUGACCUUGCGUAAUCACUAAGAAUAACUGCCGAGAUAAACGCGAGACACUGGCGGUACAUUGACGAGCUCGCAAACAUCUCGCUUUUUUUUCUCGCGCCGGUCUCGCAUUUUUCUGGCGCCAAGAAAAAUGCGAGGUCGCGCCGAGAGAAAUGCGAGAUCGCGCCUAGAAAAAAGCGAGAUGUUUGCGAGUUCGUCUAUGUACCGCCACCGACCUCGCGUUUAUCUCUUCAGUUAUUCUUAGUGAUAAAAAAAAACGCCGUGAAUCUCUACAUUUCCGAAAUUAAUUUAUAUUUUUCAUUUUCUGGCGGCUGUUUUGAAUUUUGCUAAAUUUCUUUGAACAUGGCACCAGAAAAAUUGCGUUUUUUUUCAAAAUGAUAAAACGAUUCGUCUCAUGACCCAUUAAACAUGCGCCUUUAAUAUUCCUGCUUGUUUUUCAUGACGUCACAUGAGAAAAAAAAAGCGGAAGGUAUUAAUUCUUAAAAAGCGGAAAGUGUGAAGUUUACUUGGAGAGAAUCGGUGAAGACGGUAAAAUCUAGAAUCUAGAAGUUAAUUUAUUCGAUAGGGGGGAGAUUUUUGAGAAAAUUCCGUUAGGAAACUGACCGCAAAUGAGAAUUUAAAACGGUCUGAUGAUCCUUUGCCUAUGAUUUUUUUUUCAGAGCUUCAACCUAACCUUCAAGCCCUAUGCAUCGCGAGAAGAAGCCGAAGAGGCCACUUCAAGUCGCGCCUCCACAUGUCAGUUUUUGAAAGAAUCGAAAAAGGGCUCAUUUUUGUUUAGAUAGCGGGUCUUCCUUGGAUCGGGCUAAAGCACAGUCCGUGAACAGAAACUCGCCUGCCCGAGUACCGAUUCUCGAAAAUGAGAUAGUUGAAGAUUUGAAAAGGUUGGUUGGAAGUUUGGAAGUCAGGCCUCCAUUUCUUAUUUUCUAGCAAGAAUCAGGGGCGGUGAUACUCGUUCUCCAUUUCUUGAAUUUUUUUUUUGCUCGAGAAGGUCACGUUUUAAUAGCACGGCAGAAUAUUAGAUACCGUGAAAACACCUUUUUUGCUCUAGAAAAAAAAAAACGGGACAAGCUGGCCCGAAACGGCCUUUAACAGUUAUAUUCUCAUGUUUACGUUUUGAGCUAGUAAUUUCAUUUGAGCUCCGAGCAAAAAGAACAAAACAACUUUCUCUGAUUUCACUAAUCGAGUGUUUUUAAACAAAUUUAAAAAAAAACUUUAAAAAGGAGCACCGGAAAAAGUUAUAGGUCCCGAAGCGAAGAGCCCAUUUCAGUUCUUUUCGACUUAUUUUUGCGUCUCAUUCACUUAAAUUAGAGAAGUUCAGGACUGAUUGUUCAAUUUUUAAAUUUCAUACAUUCUCAAGUCGAAAAAAAAUUUGCGUUUUUGAUUUUAAGUUUUGUAUUUUUUCAGUGUAACCGUCGGAUCGAACGUACAAAAUGUGAAUAAGAACCGUGAAAAAUCAAUAGAGGAAAUGUACGAAAAUGUGAGUCCACUUUUUUCUCUUUCUACGUAGAAAUUUCACAGACAAAGCGAUUGAUUGCUUCUUCGAAGGUCCAUUUCUCGCCGGAAUUUUUUUACCCGCAGGUUUUUCGACUGUUAACUGUUGCCGUUAAUUGAUUUUUCGUUCAGUUUUCAAAACCCGGCGUUCCGGAGUGGAAAAUGAAGCUGUUAGCGGAGAAGAAGUCCAAGGAAAAGUUGCACGAAAUUGAGAAAUCUGCUUGGGUAAAUUUUAUUUUGAGUAUUCUUGAUAGGCUGCAAACUUUUGGAAGAUACUGAAUCUUGCUAAAUUUUUACUCAGGUGAAAAUUAGGAAGAUUCUGCUUUCGGUUCCUCGGAAGGCUUUUAGAAGCUUUCCAGCAAGUGGUCAAAUGCCUUCCAUAUAAAACCUUCCCAACACUUUCUACAGCCUGCUAAAAGCCUUCCAGCAGGCUUCUGGAAAACUUCUGGCAGGAAUUUCCCAUUUUUACCUUUCUAAGACCUUCCAACUACCUUUCGAACACCUUCCAAAGGCCUUUCCAAGACCUUCCGGUUUCCAUUCACCUUCCAACCUCCUCUGAAAUGUGCCUGAGCAGUCUAGUUUUUUAGAGAUAUUUUCUUAUGAUUAUUUAAGGUCUCGCAACGAAGAGCCAUUUUCAGUUACACGUUUACCCGUCAUUUACUUCAGUUCUAGCAAAUAUUUUUAAAAAGCGGUUUGGAAGGUUUUUCAAGGUAUACUUUGUUUUCCGCGAUGGGAACUGCUGUUUUUCUCUACGCCCUCCUCGUCUCUCGGCGACCCUCUCAUUUUGAAGUGCAAUUUUCAUGUCUCCAACCUCGCCGGUGAGAGAACAGAGAAACGUAGACAUUCGAAAAAUGUCAAGUCGCAGCGAACGGACUAUACAAGACCACAAAAAGCUGCAAUACAAAAAGAACCCAUAACUUUUCGCCAUAAUUUCGUCGCCUAUCGCCUUGUAAAUAUCAGCGAGGAAUUCGUUUCUUAUCAUCUUCCGUCCGUUUUAUCACACCUUCCAAAACCCACCUAGUCAAAACCCACUCGUGACAAAACACAAGACAUGAGAAAAGGACAAUCAAAGGCUUUCCUUUUUUUUGCAUAGUUUGCGAAUUUUGCUUCAGCGGGCUUUGAAAAGGCCAACCAACUCCAGACUGCUCCCUCUAGGGAGUUCUUGAAAAACAUGACAAUUGGACAAUAAGUGACUAUCGAAAACUUCAGAGGGAGUUCGAGACGUGGAAGCAAAAGCUGGCGCCAAAAGCUCAAGUUCGGCCGGAGUACGAGUUCGCGAAGCCUGCCGCCCUGCGUCGUUAG